AUGUCAGGACCUGCCGCAGGAGAAGACUCUUCUCGAGACCGCAAAAUUUCAUUUGUGGACCAAGAAGCUGUAAAGGAUGCCGCACUCCAUAACUUGAGACAAACUUCCCCCCCUAGUAUUUUAAACACCCCAGGUCAUAGUACCAAUAAUGUAACAAAUAACAAUACCGAUCUUGAAUCAGAGAAGUUGAGAAGCUCAUUACAGUCAAGCCCGUCAAACAUAGCAACCAAAAACAGUCCAAAUUUGGCAACAACAACUACUUCCGCACAAGGAUCUAGGGCACCAUCAAAUGAAGCUCAUCCUCAUUUUGAAUCAAUUGAAGCCACUCUACACCAUCUGGAGAUAGAGAAAGUUAUGACUCCUCCCCCCAUUAUGUCGAAAUUGAACAAAGAAGAUGGCAAACACCAUGUCCUUUUCGGAGUAUGUGGUUCCAUUUCAUCGAAGAAGGUAAAACUAAUUAUUCAUAGAUUAGAGGAGAUCUACAAUGCAGAUCGGAUUUCUAUUCAUCUGAUAUUGACAGGGUCAGCCGAACGCUUUAUUUCAAGGGAGGACUUCCCCUCAGAUGUCACGAUUUGGCGGGAUAAGGAUGAAUGGUUAACUUGGAAGGCCAGAACUGAUCCUGUUUUACACAUAGAGCUGAGAAGAUGGGCAGAUAUUCUAGUGGUUGCACCUUUGACCUCAAAUACAUUUGCCAAAAUCGCUCUAGGGCUGUGUGACAAUUUGUUGACAAAUGUCAUUCGUGCUUGGAACACCCAGUUUCCGAUAUUACUAGCACCAUCGCUUGUGAGCUUUGCUUAUAAUUCCCCAGUUACUCGAAGACACUUGAAAACCAUAAAGGAAGAAAUGCCUUGGAUAGAGGUUUUAAAGCCAACAGAGAAAGUGAUGGGAAGCUUUGGAGAAAUUGGUAUGGGAGGUAUGAUGGACUGGAAUGAGAUAGUUGAUAAAGUGGUUCAAAAGUUGGGUGGUUACCCUGAGGACGAAAUCCCAGAUCAUGAUGACGAGGAAGAAGAAGAGGAGGAGGAAGGAGAGGGUAAUGGUGAUGAAGAUGAUGACGACGAUGGCAACAACGAUGGUAACAAUAAUGAUAGUGACAAUGAGGACGACGAAGACCAAAGUGUCGAGAAGAAGCUAACCUUGGCCGAAGAGGAUGAGCUUGCGCGUUUAAAGGACCAGCAACAGCGCCAGUAG